UGCAACACCAUCCCGCCGGCGCCAUGUCAAAUGACUUCGACGGAGGUUGGUAGUUAGAUUGUUAAUAAAUAUAUGAAGGUAGGUGCCAGCCAGCAAGGUCCUCUUACAUUGGGAAUAAAGUCUGCCCAAGGGAGCUCCGAAUCUGAAACUGAGAGAGCCAAACAUGGAAGGUCAGAAUGCUAAGAAGAUGAAGAUACUAUGCCUCCAUGGAUUCAGGACCAGUGGAAGUUUCCUGAAAAAACAAAUCAGCAAGUGGGAUCCUUCUCUGUUUGAUCAAUUUGACCUGGUUUUUCCAGACGGUAAAUUUCCUGCCGGAGGAAAGUCUGACAUUGAAGGCAUAUUCCCUCCACCUUACUUUGAGUGGUUUCAAUUCAACAAGGACUUUACGGAGUACACUAACUUGGAGGAGUGUAUCUCAUACCUUUGCGAGUACAUCACAGCCAAUGGCCCCUUUGAUGGGUUUCUUGGCUUCUCCCAGGGCGCAACACUUUCAGCACUUCUGAUGGGUUACCAAGCACAGGGGAAGUUGCUAAAGGAGCAUCCACCCAUGAAAUUGUUUGUAUCAAUAUCAGGAUCCAAGUUCAGAGAUCCGAGCAUUUGUGAUGUUGCCUACAAGGACAACAUCAAGGUUAAAUCUGUCCACUUUAUUGGGGAAAAAGACUGGUUGAAACUGCCUUCAGAAGAACUAGCUACCGCUUUUGACAAUCCUCUUAUAAUAAGGCACCCUCAAGGUCACACCGUUCCAAGAUUAGAUGAAGUGGCCACAAGUCAGCUGCAGAACUGGAUCAAAGAAGUGUUCCAUUUCGCUUGCGGUUUGUCUGAUGGAACUCACGAAGAAAUGAAUGGAGAAAAGAAAUUGGAAGUGAAGGAUAGCAUCCUUGAACAAGCAAUUACCGCCAGUGAGGGUUAAAGCAAUGGGAAUCAGAAUUAAUAAGGAAGCUGACGUAGUAGAGGUGUCCCAAUUCUGAAUACAUGAAUUAACAGGACCGACACUCCACAGCUUUAGCACAAGUGAUUUUUAAAUAUUGAUCCGUAUUAAUAAAGGGUUUUUGGAAUGCUU